ACGUCACCCGGCAGCCGCUCCAUAUAGGCGGCGCGCGGGGCGGGGGGCGCAGCGCCGCCGGGAGGUCGCGGGUGUCGCGGGUGUCGCCGCCAUCCGGGAUGAGCCACAGCCACAGCCAGCGCCGCGGCCCGCGGGCCGACAUGGUGCCCGAGAUCGCCGCCGCCGUGGGCUUCGUGUCCGGCCUGCUGCGGACGCGGGGCUGCGUCAGCGAGCAGCAGCUGCAGGUCUUCAGCGGGGCGCUGCGGGAGGCGCUCACAGAGCACUACAGACACCACUGGUUCCCCGAGAAACCCUCCAAAGGCUCCGGCUACCGCUGCAUCCGCAUCAACCAGAGGAUGGACCCGCUGAUCAGCCGGGCAGGGGGGCACGUGGGGCUGAGCGUGCCCCAGCUGUACCAGCUGCUGCCCCGCGAGCUGACGCUCUGGGUGGAUCCCUACGAGGUCUCCUACCGCAUCGGCGAGGACGGCUCCAUCUGCGUCCUCUACGAGGCCACCAAAGCCACCGCCGCCGCCGCCAGCUCCUACGGGGGCAUGCUGACCUGCAAGAACCAGAUGAUGCUGGGCCGUAGCAGCCCUUCCAAAAACUACAUCAUGACUGUCUCCAGUUAAAAAAGAGAAAAAAAGACCAAAAAAAAAAUCAAAAAAAAACACGACAAAAAAACCAACCAAAAAAACCAAAAAAAAAAUCUCCUCCUUGUCCUUACACUGCCGAGACACAGGCUACUGUAAUACCUCGAGCUGAGGAUCUAUUUUUAAGAUGAAGAGCUAUUUAUAUUUUUUAAAAAAACAAAACCUCCAGAAAAUCCAAAAUUAAAAAUUUCGGGCGCCGCUCUGAGCCGUGGCGGCGCCCCAGGUGCCUUUUCUAAAGCUGGUGCAAGCUUGUGAGUUUUUCUGGUUUUUUUAAAUUAUUAUUAUUAUUAUUAUUAUAUUAUUAUUAUUA